AUGGGCGAGUUCGAGACAAAGGGUCUUAAUGAUGAAUUCGGGUCGGCAUUUGAUGAUCUGGAUAUUGAUGCGAUUUCCCUCUUUCAAGCAGAUUUUAUGAGUGAUGUCGAUCUUGAUUUUCUGCUGACGGGUUGUGAAACUCAGCCGAACAAUGACGUGAAAGCCGGAAAUUUCAGUAAAAAAAACAGCACUCUGGCUAGUCUUUUGAAGCCGCAUCCAUCAUGCGGAUAUGUACCACCUGCUCCUCAAAUUCAUGUUGAGAACAAUAGCGUAAUCGAGUCGGGAACUUUCAAACGUCUUCAAGUUAACUUCCCGGAAUUCGAAACACAUCCUCAACUGAAAUGCGCAUUAAUUCAAGAAAAAACGCUCCCCACUUCGUCAGGAGGUGCUGGAGCGGAUAAUGCUAACAUCCUCCAUUGUGGUGAGGAUAAUAUUGGGCAAACGUUCCACGAUAUUUCACCGGUUGCCUCUAAUCAACGGAACACUCAAAGCUAUCAACAUGUGCUUGCAAAAACUCAGGCGGACGGGAGUCAUUUUCCCCGGCAAAAUUACGACACAAAAUCCUUGAGACGCUCUCCCCAUAAUGCCAUCGAAAGGCGUUACCGUCAAAGCAUCAAUGGGAAAAUAAACGAGUUGCGGGAAAUGUUGAAUGCAAGUUCAGGGGAUGAUACGAAGGUAUUCUUCACCUGUUGUCCUGAUGUUUCUACACUUGAUUAA